UCAUGAGUAAUUUAGGUAUUAAUUCAAGCUUAUUUCUCUCUCUUUCCUCAGGCUGGCUGCCUUAGCUCUACUGUGGCUAAGCACUGAACUUCUUUGCACCUUAACAGAGGACCUACAUUCUGGGUAUCUGUGAAGUAGCUACACAGAAGAUAAAGGCACAACAUCAAGAAAAACAAGAGGAGGAAAGGUUAGACAUUGGAAUCAUGGCUCCUGAAGCCAUGGCUGAGCUUCGUGAUUGGCUCUUUCUUCUCCUGCUGUGCCUCACACUGUUGGCCGAGGUGCUGCAGUGUGCUCCAACUGCCUCACAGGAAAUGGAUGCAGAGGGGGAUGUAGUGUGUCCUUCUGUGUGCCGAUGUGACGAAGACUUUAUUUACUGCAAUGACCGUGGUCUGAGUGCUAUCCCACCACUCCCCCCAUCUGCCUCCAUUCUUUAUCUUCAAAACAAUCAUAUAGAUAAUGCAGGACUUCCCACAUCCUUGGAGUACCUCACUACUGUGGAGGUUAUAUAUCUCUAUGAUAAUGAGCUGGAUGACUUUCCCAUGCACCUACCACCAUCAUUAAGGGAACUUCAUCUCCAAGACAACAACAUCCGGGUGCUACCUCGGGCUGCAUUAGCCAGGUUGCCGCUCCUGGAGAAGUUGCAUUUGGAUGACAACUCAGUGUCCACAGUUAGUAUAGAGGACCAGGCUUUUGCCGACAAUCCUCGUCUUCGUCUUCUCUUCCUUUCCAGAAAUCACCUUUCCAGCAUUCCCUCAGGGCUUCCAGCUUCAUUAGAGGAGCUCCGCUUAGAUGAUAAUCGUAUCUCAACAAUUCCUACACAUGCCUUCCGAGGUUUAUCUUCCCUGCGCCGUCUUGUCUUGGAUGGUAACCUUCUGGCGAAUCAGCGCAUUGCAGAUGACACCUUCUCACGCCUCUCAAACCUCACCGAACUGUCUUUGGUACGGAACUCCCUUCAGACUCCACCUCUCAAUUUACCUAGCGCACACCUGCAAAGACUCUCUCUCCAGGACAAUGCACUGAUCCACAUGCCACGGGGCUCUCUUGAUGGAAUGCGUGGUCUUCAGAGGCUGGACCUUUCCGGGAACAACCUGACCACACUUCCCAGAGGUUUGUUCCGGGACAUGGAAAGCCUGGGGCAGUUGCUUGUACGUGGCAACCCUUGGCACUGUGGAUGCAACCUGCGCUGGCUGUAUGACUGGCUGGAAGCCAAAGGGAACACUAUUACAGUCCGAGGACUAACUUGCCAAUCUCCAGAGCGAGUACGUGACAUGCCACUAAGGGACCUUACUAGCCAAAUGGAUGACUGUGAAUUGGCAGCUGCUGGAGGUGGGGGGAUAGGUGGAGUGGGUUCACCAGGUGGGGGAGGUACUACUGGCAAUAGAAUGGGUGGAGCAGGAGUCAUUUCCACAACUCUGUCCCCUCCACAAGGAUCCUUGUUCACUCUGCGGUCCAAGCGACCGGGUCUGGGGCUUCCAGACAAAGGCUUAGACUACACACUUGGCAGCAGUGGUGUGGGCAAGAACCUGGCCCUGAAUGUAAAGCCACUAUCCCAUGACAGCAUCAGGGUCACAUGGAGUGUGGCUCAAACAUCUUCUUCUUUCAGGCUUAGUUGGCUCCGCCUAGGGACUAGUGCUGCAAUGGGUUCCAUUACUGAGACUCUAGUGAGGGGUGACCGAAGAGAGUAUCUCCUUACUGCCCUCCAACCGGCAUCCAGCUACAUCAUCUGCAUGGUACCCCUAGUCUCUGGCAACGGGAACAAAGGCAGUAUAUCUGGAGGGAACACAGACACGGAUGAGGCUCCAGUGUGUGCAAAGGCUGAGACAUCUGAUCCCAACCUGUCUGAUGUUGACCAAGGAGAGGAUCGUGGCUCGGAGCACAUCACCUCACUUCCACUUGCUGGGAUUAUUGGUGGAGCUACUGCGAUAGUUUCUCUAACACUUAUUCUUGGAAUAUUCUGCUGGUAUGGCCACCGCUCCAGGCGUUUUUCCUCAAGAGAUCACUACAACCGCAGUAGCUCACGGAAAAGCAAGCAUUAUGAUGACUACAUUGAAUCGGGCACUAAAAAAGAUACCACCAUACUGGAGAUCCGAGGACCUGGAUUCCAGAUGACACCAAUGGCUGCCAGAGAGACACUGCAGCCCAAGCCAGUACAGGAAGACUACAUAAUACACACAAUCUUCCCUUCCAAUGGCACAGGUCUAUACAAACCCCCCAGUCACACAACUAAUGCGGGCUAUGGCACAAACCGUGGCUAUAGAGAAGGAGGUAUUCCAGAUAUAGAUUACUCUUACACGUGAUAAGGCUGAUUUAGUGAACACUAUAAAAAAAAAAUAUGGUACUGGAUAGAUGCACAUUUUUUUAAUCUGCAUGGGGUCUACAGGACCCCAUUGUGCCUUCUGUCUCCAUUCCAACCUAGCCUGCUGUUCAUGGCACCAAGGAAGCUCUAAAUUGGCCGAAAUGCCUACUAAGAAACCGUAUUAUAUGUUUGGCACCAAGAAAUGCCUAUACCAUUUUAGGCAGUGAUUCCAACUGGCAUUUUCACUCCCCCCAAUGUAACCUGGUGUGUCCUCAGCAUCACUGUUUUAUCCCUGUCUCCCUUAGUGAGGUGAAUGGAUUCAAGGGCAGUACAAACUGUAUUUUACACAGAGAUUCCUCCUAUUUAGAGCUCAAAUUGUAUGUGAUAUGGAUAAAUGGCACUUACUGAAAAAAGAACAAAUUUGUAUUUUAAACCUUCAUCUCCUGUGACUCUAAUUGUUAGCUGCCCAACUGCUUCAGUGUUGCUCCUGACAUGAUGUGGAGGAGUAUAGUACUGGCUAGAGUGGCUAGAAAGACAGAGAACACCUUGGUGGAUAAGGAUUUCUCAAAAUCCACUGCUGUACAGGGAAUCAAAAGAGGUCUUGGCAGUUCAGCUCUUCGGGGACUAAAAGCUUGCUGGAAUAAACAUGGAGAGAACUGAAAUUUUGCUUCUGGUUUUCAUAAGUGACUUUGGACUUGGACAUCUGGUGUAGGAUUUUAUGGGAGAGUAUAUGGAGUGACAAACAGUGGUCAUGAAUAGUGAUGCACACUAGUUUUAAACACCUAAAAAUGAUCUUGAUAUGGUAGCAAGUUUCUUGCUGUCUGGUUCAUUUUAACCUGGAGCUGUGGGGAAAUGUGAUCUGUAAGGUUCAAUUAGACUGAUGGAAUUUUUUUUUGUUUUUUGUUGUUUUUUUUAAAGAAAAUUGAAACACUAUUAUUAAUGUUGAACACAGGCAAGGUGUGUAGAUAUUUGAAUCCAACACAAAGACUUUUGGAAGUGAAAGUGUGAAAACAUAUUGUGUUCCAGACUUGUUAUGUAUUUUUUCUGAACGUUUAUUUAUCCCAUACUGCUGUCUUUUUUGUUUUUUAUCUGUUCUAUGGUUUAAAUAAUCUGUUUAGCUAGAACUCGGUCAGUCUUGCUGCUGGUGACAUUAAAAACACUGUGGUUUUGCCUAGCCCUGUAACUCGUGUAAUGAUUAAGAAUCAUUUUGUGUUGAAUUAGUUGUCAUUAUAUCACUAUGAACUCUCCACCUGACCAGUUAUUCCCCAUACUAUUGUUCAAGUCAGAUCCUCCUCAAAAUCUACCAGUGUGACUCCUUCACUCUACCCCCAAAAAGAAAUUAGUAUUGAUAAUAUUCCUGUUAAUGAAAAAGCUCUAUGAUGGCCCCCAAACACUUAACUAUUCUCCUGAUCUUACGUCAGUUUUAAUGUAUUUAAUACUGAUGAAGGGAAGCUGAUUCUAUGUCAGCACGAAACAGCCACCUCUAACCAAUAACCUUUCUCUAGGAAAUGGAGUCCAUGCAGUGUCUUGUGGGCAUGUGGGCAGGGCAUCAAGCUGACACUUUCCUGUGUGAUUACUCACUUUAAUUCAUUUGGCUCCCCAAACCCAUCUGUAGUAGAUAAGGCUGCUAUCUACUCCAAAUAGAUAUAGCUGUAAAUUAGAGCUAGUGUUGAAUGAAAUGAAAGAUAGCAAAGAGAAGGCAUACAAACCGUAACACUGUGGACCUACACUGUGGGAGAAUAGGGCACUUGUUGCAUGAAUCUGAGAGACAGAUGUAUUUAUUGUGUAUUUUUCUUUUCUGUUUUCCUUGUUGUUUGUUUGUUUUUUAUUUAAUUUAAUUUUUUUUUACACAU